UUAGGAUUGACUCAAAUAUCAGAGGAGAGGAGACACAAUGGAGCAGAGGAGCGCACACAACACCAUCUGAGACCUGACUUAUCUGUUUCACACCGGUUUUUGGAAGAAAAAAACAAUCGACCCGGAAGUCACAGAAAACUCCAGAUAGUUUGGAUAGUGUAUUUUUUCAUUGUUUUUUUUUUUUUUUUUUGGACACUGGGCAGCAUCACAUAAGAGGUAAUCAUGCCCCCCACCACCCCCUACGCUGGUAAGUUCAGCACAUGUGGCCCUUACAGCAACAACAACAACCACCCCCAGCCUCACAGUCCGUACCGCAGCAACACGGCGCCGAAGCCCGCCAAAGAAAACGUCUACAACUGCGCCUACUCGGCUGCAGAAAACCCCUACGACAUCCCGCAGCCCCACAGCUCGUACCGCAGCUCCUCCCUGUCCUCGGCCACCACCAAGGAGCAUCACUACAACAACAGCAGCAGCAAUGGCGGCGGCGGCUUCAUGGUGUCGGAGAACCUGUACUCGUCGCCGCAGCCCCACAGCCCUCGUCAGCACAGCUCUUCCUGUCCCGGACGCUCGUACCGCCACACCAGCAGCAGCAGCGGCAGCGAGCAGUCGUGCCAUAACAACAGCGCUGCAGUAAAAGCCCGCAAUUACGGACACGGUAUCACUGCCAGCUAUGGGGAGAUGUGUUACCAUGACAACAGUUUGGUUUCAGCAUCUCUUGAGGCACUGAUCCAGCACCUGGUUCCCACAGUGGACUACUACCCCGAUAGGUCAUAUGUGUUCACCUUCCUGCUGAGUUCACGCCUCUUCCUGCACCCGUAUGAGCUCAUGACCAGGGUUUGUCACCUGUGUGUGGAGCAGCAGCGAUCCGGAGACGCUCUGCUGGAUAAGAUCCGCUUCCGUGAGGUGGCGCCUAAGUUGGUGCAGCUUCUGACCGAGUGGACGGAGACGUUUCCGUACGACUUCAGGGACGAGAGGAUGAUGCGUUGUCUGAAGGACAUGACGCACCACGUGGCCCGAGGGGACGAGUACUCGUGGCGAGCCAUGCAGCAGAUGACCCAGCGGCUCAUCAAACGCCUGUCGGCUCUGGGUCAGUACGAGGAGGCCGUCGCCGCGCUCAACAACGUGGCCAAUGAGCGCCCGGCGUCUCUCAAAACCAAACAGGCCCCGGGUCAACGCAACGACGUACUAAGCGUGUGCGACGACCCCUUCAUCAUGGCUCAGCAGCUCACACACAUCGAGCUGGACAGACUGAGUUUUAUUGGCCCAGAGGAAUUCAUCCAGACAUUCGCCAUGAAGGAUCCUAUAGAGAACCAAAAGGGUUUCUUCCGGAAGCGUAAAACCAGUAACCUGGAGGCGUACGUCAACUGGUUCAACAGGCUGAGCUACAUGGUGGCCACUGAGAUCUGCAUGCCGGUGAAGAAGAAACACAGAGCGCGGAUCAUAGAGUUCUUCAUUGACGUGGCUCAGGAGUGUUUCAACAUCGGCAACUUCAACUCCCUCAUGGCUAUCAUCACUGGGAUGAACAUGAGUCCUGUUUCCAGACUGAAGAAAACUUGGAGUAAAGUCAACACUGACAAGUUUGAGAUCCUGGAGCAUCAAAUGGAUCCAUCCAGUAACUUCAGUAACUAUCGCACGGCGCUCCGCGGCGCCACCCAGAGGUCGGAGACCGCACACAGCAGCCAAGAGAAGAUUGUCAUUCCCUUCUUCAGCCUCCUCAUUAAAGAUAUUUACUUCCUAAAUGAAGGCUGUGCCAGCAGACUCCCCAACGGACACAUCAACUUCGAGAAACUGUGGGAGCUGGCAAAGCAGGUGAGCGAGUUCCUGGUUUGGCGUCAGGUGGUUUGUCCCUUUGACCGAGACCGUCGGAUCCUCCAGUACCUCGUCACCACACCAGUCUUCAGUGAAGACGAGCUGCACCUGGCCUCUUAUGAGAGCGAAGGGCCUGAGAACAACAUGGAGAAAGACAGCCGUCGAUCUCUCAGAUCGUCCCUUCUGCACAGAGAGAACCGAUCCUAAACGAGGACAAUCUCCUUUGCUCUACAGAGUGUAAAUAAACGAGGUGUUUUAUAGCUGCCAUGUAUUAAGCUACGGACAUAUUCUUUUUUUUUUUUUUUUUUUUUUUUUUUUACAUUCCUGCAGCCAAAUUAUGAAUCAUAUCCCAGACUUGAACAAAAAGCUGAACAAAGAGGACACGCUUUGAUGUCAGUCGACAAAAACUGCUGCAGAAGUCCAGUUUACUUUGACGAAUCCGAGAAAAUCCAGUGCCAAAGCAUCUCAGCGCUGCAGUUUUUACCCCCCUGCCUCGGACUGAAGUUCUUUUUCAGACUAAUAAUUCCCAAGAAGAGCCUGGAUUAUUGUUUCUAUACGCUCAGCUGUGCUUCGUGCACAUGAGAAAGGCACUUAACAGGACGACUCCAGCGGCUGAUGUACUGAGGCAUUACACACAACCUGUACGGUGGAUAUGGAGACUGAAUCCAAUCACGGAAACCCACAGAGAUCCAGUGAAAAGACAAGCCGUUUACCAUCGAUUUGUGUGAUAAAUGUUGGGCAAACAGCUGCUUUCAGGAACGGGGCUGCGCUACAUUCAUCCAUCUGCUCGUAGUUGUACAAGGCCGCGUUACAUUCGGCCUUUGUUCAACUCCAGACACUUAACGAAACACAUUUCCAACGUAACGCCACGCUAGUCGGUCUUAAACAUGAACUCUUUCUGUUAAUGAACAUGUAGAGUAAAUUUGGAAAACGUGGACGUGCGAUAAACCUCUAGCUGUGACGAGUGCCUCCCGAGUUUUUUCCACGUAUUUUUGUGACGUGUGCACUUUGACCGUGUGUAUUGGUGAUGCAAAAUGAUGUGAGUGUCGGCGACAUUGUGCGAAAUCGAAUGCACUUCCAGUCCAUCAGUGCGGUCUUCUUUAUUGUGUUAUAGCCUAUGGUGACUCCUAUUGUGGGGUGUCUUUCUAAAACAGUAUUAAGUUGUAUUUUGUAUCAGAAAGUUUAAAAAAAAAAAA